AUGUUGGCUGCGUCGCUCCUCACGCUCGCCAGAGAUGGGCCACCGCGCUCGCUCGUACCCCUCUCGGCCGUGCUCGAGCCUGAUCCAUCACCAUCACCGACGUCAGCGGCUCGAGCCAGCCUCUCGCGGCACCGCAGGCUCGAACUUUCAUACGACAACACAAAUCCGAUCCGCCUAGCCCUGGACUUCACAUCACUGGACGCGUCUUCCGCUCCGCAGUACUCGGCGUGCUUUGCCGUGGGGGAUUGGUACCGAAGGGGCCUGCCUGCAUUCCAGCUUAGCCCUCCGGCCGAUGGCGUGCCCACCUGCGACGAUGCAAACCCGCUAGCCGCGCUCACAGAUGGCUGCUGGGGUCUCUGCAAAGCGGCGGACGUAAUCACUGCGGAAAGAAAGGCCAAGAUUGUGACGGCCGUCACUGCGGUCGCGAGCGAGAUGGGCUCCUUCUUCUCUGUCGAGAGCUCGUCGAGCAACCUCGUGUUUGGCCGCAGCAAGGGCCGGUUCCAACGCGCAUUGACGGAGAAGGGCUACACACCAACAGAGAGGUGCGCGGCCGACUGCCACUAUCUGUCCAACGUGGCGGUCGCGGAGUCGUACUGCACCACAGGCGUCGAUGCUGACGCCAUUCUCUCUGUCACACGGCCCCCAUCCAUCGCCGGUGUCCUUGGCACGGGCUCAAGCUGCGCCCCUCUCAUCAUGGGCAAACGACCCACCUGGCUUGUGAUUGCCUGGAUGGACGACUUUGACGCGGACGCCACCUCCGACCAGGCCAUGAUUGAUGCCUACCGCGGCUUCAUCCGCCACGAGAUUAUCCACGCGAUGGGCUUCAGCCACGCCUUCUUCGCGAAUGCUCGAGCCUCGGAUGGGAGCGCGAAGCAUUUGCUGCAGCUGCUACAGGUGUACGACGCCGACGGCGCCACGGACCGCGUGUACCACUUCAAGUCGACCAGCCGCACGCACGCGAUGGCCAAGGCGUACUUUGGAUGUAACGACGAGGCCGCGUGGGACGGGCUGCCGCUGAUGGGUCUUCCAGAUAUUGGGCGCAACUCGCAUUGGGACACUCGGAUCCUCCGCGACGAUGUGAUGUCAUACGGCGAAUCCGCGUUGAUCUCUUCCAUCACGCUCGCAGCGAUGGAGGACACCGGCUUCUAUCUCGCCAACUACAGCUCAGCAAACUGCAUGCAGUGGGGCUACCAGCAAGGCUGCACCUACGUUGCAUCUCGCUGCUCAGGCCCGACAUCCCACGACCAAUCGGCGAGCGCCACCUCUUCCGCCGAAUGUGACGGCGACCCGCGGUGGCGGUCCUCGCCCAGCGCUUGGUUGCGGUCCAAGUGCGACCUGGGAGACGACCCGUGCUCAACCAACAGUGGACGAGGCUACUCCUCGAGCCCGUCCCCAGUGUGCGACGCCCAGUGCUACACGCCCCUGCACAACCGCGCCGACUGCUCCGCCGGGCCGGUGGCGCCUGUCGAGUCGGCGGCGCCAAAGUCGUACGAGGAGCUUGCCGAGGAGUACAUGCAGUGGAUCUGGCUCGGCGUCCUGGUCAUGUCCGCCUUGGUGGUCGGCCUCGCCAUGAACACCUUUUGCUGCCCCGCCGGGGGCUCCAUCGCGGUCGCGGCGGUCCUCACCACAAUAAUCUUCUUGGCGGGGGCGUUGACUGCCGCCGCUGGGGCGUACGGCUACUGGGUCAACAACGACCUCGUUGCCCCCUUUGUCGGGGAGACCACCCUCAUUGUCGUCAUGGGCUUCGGGGGGCUGCUCUCAACUAUCGCGCUGUGGACCUUCAUCGGGUUUUGCUCGAAGUCGCGCUUCGUCCUCACGACGGUCUUUAUCUUUUACCUGUUGACCCUGCUGAUCGAGCUCGCCUUCGCGGGCUUGGUCGCCUACUGGGUCUACACUUUGCAGGCGGUGACUGAGGACGCGAUGACGUUGCUGGAGGGCGGCGAUGCCGAGGACGGCAAGUUUAGCGGCCGGCUCGGGGCAGACGUGCUUGCCGAGGUGGAAGGCAGCAUGUGCCGAUUCUAUCAGGAGUGCUGUCGCGACCCCCUCCUCGGCGAGGACGGCACGUGCAUCUCGUCGCACGAAGGGAGCACCGUGGAUGUGGCCGAGGCCCUGCUCGACCCGGGUUCGCCCAACUUUUGCCCUUACAUCUCGGGGUCGUCCGGGGUCAUGUCCUUCGUCCCCUCGCCCGCCGCCUGCCUCACCGCAGAGCACCUGAUCCCCGGCUUCUCCAUGGCCAGCUGCGAGACGAACUUUUGCUCGCACGGCUACGAGGGCUACGAGGAGUUCCUCGCGCAGGCGGUCGACUGGAUGAUGAACAACGGCAUCAUCAUUGGCGGCGUGUCCACCGCGGUGGUCCUGCUCCAGCUGCUCUUGGCCGUCAACGUCCUACGCCUCGCAAAGUCGCGGAUGAAGACUCGGCUCGCCAUGCGCAAGGUGGUCCCCGAGUCGCGGGGCCUCGAUCGGGAACCAAUGCCUUUCAAUCCUCCGCCCCAGCCGCAGCGAAGGCGCGCCAGGUAA